AUGGACGCCCCCAUGCAAGACUUUUCUGAUCCGUUCGGCUCAGGCUACUAUCAGUUCAAGGGAUGGGUUAUAUACAUUGAAGAAGGAGGGACUCAUUACUUGGUUUGGGACGCGACAAGACCCAGCUCAAACUUAAAAGAACCCGAAAGAUUUGGAAAGCGGUUGCCUCUUCCGUUUAAAACUCAUGAUGUAGGCAACUUUGUGUCUCUAUCUUGUGUCAGAGAAGAGCAGCUUGCGGUAUUACAUCAAAGCAGCGUGAUUGAUCACACAUUGGAGAUUUGGGUCUCAAGUAAUAUUGAUCUGGGUGCAGUUUCGUGGAGCAAGUUCUUGAGAACCACCUCUUUCUGUCGGGUUGAUUUUCAAGCUGGUAGUUUCUUCAUUGACGAGGAGAAGAAAGUUGCUGUGGUUAUCGAUCUAGAUGAUGGUGGACAAGCACGGACUGAGACUCGUUACAACCAAAGAGCUAACAUAAUUGGAGAAGAUGAAUACUUCAAAUCUGUGAAUGUGGGAGAGGCUCUGAAUCAUGGAAAACGCAACAAAUUUGGAUUUGUGCUCCCGGUAUUCAGUUGCCCACUUGUGUGCCCUUAUGUUCCAAGCUCAGCGCAACUGCAAAUGCAAUAUGGUAAAUGUAUAGAAGGCGAUGAUUAA